AGAAAACCUAACCAUAACGGCUUCAUCAACAUAUGAAAUGACCUAAAAUCGUAAUCGUAAUCUUCCGGAAACUAAGAACUGAAAGUCACAGUUCCUUAUGUUUAUAGACUACAACCUUAAAUGCUCUCUGCCUUCCUCAGUCGUGUGGUAGAGAGAGAUAAAAAUGAUGCCGACCAACUUGUUUUGACGAGAAAAGGACACGCUAUCCGGGUCUCAGGACUGGUUAAGGCUUCUUCAUAAUGAAUGAUGAUUCAUUUCCACCAGUGCUUGAUACUUCGUUCAGAUGACUCCCAAUUCUAUCGUCGGCGUUUAGUAGCCUGUUUUACAAGAAUUGGGUAGACCUGUUGUAUCAUUAUGAAAAAAAAUGAAGUCGAGAAAAAGAUCAGGAGAUGAAAGUGGAAAUGAACCAUCGGGUUCUUGGUGUCGACCUCUAUGCUCUAAAGUGGAGAACCGCAGAGUCCGAGCCGCGUAGUAGCACAUUCCAGCAGAUUGAUAUCUGAAAACUUUUAGUGCGCGCGUUUUUUGUCUCUCUUUUGAAACUUCUUCUAUGAUGUUGUUGCUUGUGAGUUUUUGAGGUAGAAUGAAUCAGUAUUAGUUUUGAAAGAAUGAAAGAUUGAUUGCUGAAUUAAAAUUAUAGGAAGGCUUUGAUGAUCUGUAGCCGAGCGAGCAACACACGUUUUCUUGUGUAAUAGAAGGAUCGAUUGAUGCAGAGUUUCUUUUUACACGAUUUAACAACUACAAGUAAUUCAACAUUUGUUGGUCAUGUAUGGUUCAAGCCUCUCGGAUGUCGUGUUGUUCUGUUCUCAGUGGCUCACACAAAGCCUCGUGCUCGACUGUCAUCGGGAUGAUCUCACAAGACACGAAUGUCAAUGAUCAUGAAUGCUACUUCCAAUGCGCACUCAAUGCACAUUCAAUGCAUAAUCAUAAUGAUCAAUGCGUAGACUAGGCACGUGUGUGCUGAUCCUAGUCGUGCGAUGCAUGUUCAGUCCGAUCCCUUCUGACAUGCUUAUGUUGCUGAUGUAUGAUUCAUCUUACCCAAUGAACCAAACAGGGACUACACCAGCCAGAGAUCGCAAGUCUCAGGCAGGAGUAUCAAGAUUUGCUUGCGUUCAAGAUUCUGACUUUGUGUUUCCACUGAGAAACAACCAAGGCGCGGAGGCCUGUGUUCUUGUGGUCCAGCACUGGUCUAACCCUUGAGCGGCAAAAGUAAAUACAAUUGGAAGUAGUGUAGUAAAUAAAUAAAUCCAUCAAUAUGUCCUGCGAGGCCAAGGAGAUCCUCAAGAAGUUGGGACAGAAGUCCGACUGGCGCGAGUGGCAACGAGCUGUACGUCAAGAAGCUAGUCGCCUAGGCUUACUUGAGAACUACACGAAUGUAGUCAACGUGCCGGCCGUUCCACAUGGUAUACCGCAAGGCAAUACCAGUCGUGAAGAAACGACCCGCCAGAAGUGGCGCAACCUGAAAGACGUAAUCAUCCGAAGUCUGAAAGGUGCGGCCAAGUCGUUCGCCGACAAUCGGAAUAACGAUGGUGCGGUGGACGAAAUGGAUGCUGGUGAAGUUGUUGCUCUACUUCGUGACCAAGGGAACUUCAACGCGAACAAUCGCCAGGAGCAGCGCAUGAAGGUCAAGCCGUUGUCGGAGGGACUGAUGAAGUUCCACAACAGCGACCAGCCUGCAGAUGUCAAGGAGUUCCUCUCGAAGAUCCGCGACAUCAUGAACCAAUCGCCCACCGUCUUCCCGCCGGAUGCAGAUCUGCCCGACGCUGACCAACAGAACGGAGCGAUCCUGCUGAAGUUGCCUGAGUUGUUCUGCAAGAACUUCAUAGCGACUAUCGAGCGGAUGCAAGAACAAGAUGUCCUGACAUUUGACCAAAUUGUAGACCGACUUGAGAAACGUCUCACAACGUUGAUCGAGGAGGGAACCUACAAAAUUGAGAACGACUCCUUCGGGAAAGCGUUUCCGGUCAAUGUUCAGGAAACCUCGAAUAAGCGUCCUCGUGUGUGAUGAUAAGAAUGAGGAUGGCGACGAGGUAGAGGCCAAUAAGGCAGAUGGUAAGACCUUCACUUCCGCCAACGCCCUCAAGCGUUUCAAGCAGAAAGAAAAGAAGAAGGCAAUCGCCGAGGUCCACAACUCCUACGGGUACCAACCCAAAGGAGGAAAGAACGGCGGACAAAAGCCGAAGAAAUAAGACAAAGGAAAAGGAAAUGACAAAAAUACCUAUCCACCCCGCUGUGCUUGCUGCCACAAGGUUGGACGCAAGUCCUCCGAGUGCUGGCGUAACACACUCGCAAGCCCUUCAACAGGGACAGGGAAGCUGGACCACCGGAGCCCCAGCCAUCUAGUAGCUCUAGGGGCAAAGGUGGAAAGGGUAAUAAUAGCGGCAUGAUCCACAUGUCGCAGGUUGCGGAGAUGCUCAGCGUCAUGAACUCGCACAAGCGGAGCUGAGCGACGGAAGGAACCGUACGACAUUGGGAAGCGUUCGCUGAAUUUCGAAGAAGAUGAAAUAAUGGCAAACGUUGUUAAUCAUGCUGAUAGCUACAAUACGCAUGGAUAUAGUUUCACAACAUUGAAUACUAGAACAUCAGAAGAAGCAGCUCUAGUCGAUAGCUGUGCAAACAAAUAUCUUUCACGACACAGAGACGAUUCCGAUGAAAUUGGUGACAACAUUUGUAGAAUAACAGGUAGCGCAGGCACUAAAGAUGGAAGAAUCGGAAAACUCAAGAACAACACACUUGGACUAGAGUCCGGAGCUUACUACGAUUCUCUACCUGGAAACAUAGAUCGCGCAUUGCCAUGGUUAGGAGACGGAAACUGCUCGCAAUCAGGGUGGAAGUUCAACUUCAAAGGCACUGGCGGUUGUAUCGUGCACACGGACACCAGCCAGAUGCUACCCAUCAGAGCCCACCCACGCUUGCAGUUGCCCGCGCUCGCGUGUAGUUUCUUGGAAGACAAGCACGAAAAUGGUUUCGCUUGCACAUCAAUGGAAGAAGGCGUCUCUAGUUGCUAUCUCACGAGAUUAGAACUACACAGAAGAUGUGGACACUUUCACAUAGACGGUUUACAAGUUGGCUGCCCUGAAUGUGACCUACAUAAAGGACAGCGAAAACCUCACGCAAACACUAGAGACGUGACCACCUACAAACCCGAACCCCUCAAACUACUUGCAAUAGACUUGGCCGUAGGAAUUAAACCUGUUUCAGUAAGAUCUAUGCGAUGUGUUCUAGUUGUCAUAUGUGACGUAAUUAAGAAGGCGUUUUGUCGACCGCUGAAGCUUAAAAGUGACUGUGUGGAGGAAAUAGAACAAGUCAUAAAAGGCAUUCGACAGGACUACUCCUUAUCGCUAGAUGACAAGGUAGUAUGGUUCAUCCGGAGGGAUGGCGAACCAGUCCUCGGUAGUGAUGACAUGACCAAACUCAUGCAAUCGCUGCGGGUCUCAGACAAUCCGGCUGUUCCUUAUAAUCCGGAAAUGAGUGGGACUGUUGAACGUUUUAUGCGGGCCUUGUUUGGCAGCGUGAGAACAAUGCUAACGAAGGUUGGUCGACGUCUUUGGUGUUACUGUGUUGAGUACGCUAGUGACUGCUGGGAUCGUCUUCCGCAUAAUUACGCUAAAAUGCCAGAACACGAUGGAAAGAGUCCAAUAGAGAUUCUAGAAGCAAGAACUGGUAGAAAUUCUUCCAAAAGCAAAAUCGGCAUGCUCCGCCGAUUUGGUUGUCUUGUUUACUUUCGUGAACAAAUCCAAGCCAACACUCCUGAACCCAAGCUCUCGGCCAAAUACCGCCGUGGCGUCUUCCUUGGACUCUGUCCGAAGUCGUCUGGUUGGUUGGUUGCUACUUUCGCUCAUGACGAUCGUUGCAAGCUUGGAUAUCGAUGGGCGGAAUACUCUACCCUAGAUGUCAAGUUCAGAGAGGACUAUCUAAUAAAGGACAUAGACUGGCUUACGCCAGAUAGAAAGGGCUUUUACUAUGAGUGCGAUGAACUGGAAAACUUGCAGCGUGGAGCGUCGUCGCUGGGCUCCCCCUUGAUUGGGCAGUCAGUGCAAAGGCUGGAUCAGCAAUCGGGGUUCUCUGGCACGGAGCGCGCCUCAGGUGGACCGACCGGCAUUCCCGAAGAACUAUAUGUUGAAACCUUAGACAAGAAGGCUGAGUCCGACGUGGCUGACUCUCCUGAAGGUGUUUCACUUGAGGAGGGGAAAGUUGAAACGAAGGAUCGGAUCUCUGACUCACCUAGUCCGACUAGAUCGAAAGCGCUAUCUCCCGCACGUGUUGUGGCAGGCGAACGCCAUACACACGGCAAGAAGCGUGGCCGACCAAAAGGAGCCAAGGACAAGGCUGGAGGAAGGAUUCGUAGAACAAAGAAACAGAUGGAAGAACUCAGAAAGAGUUUAGCGCUGUUCGCAAGUGCUAUUGGUGGCACGUGUGAGAUAGACGAAGACGAGGAAAUCGUCGAAUCACGUGUGAUACUGUCCGUUGCCAAUGCAUUAAAGAGUCCUGAAGCUGAAAAGUGGAAGGAAGUCAUUGACAUUGAGCACGCGAGACUACUAGCCUUUAAAACGUGGGAAGAAGCUACUGACGAGCAGCUAGCAACCGCGUUGCGGGCUCUACCAAUUGCCAUCAUACUAACACGAAAGAGAUGUGGAAAAUACAAGGCAAGAGCCUGUGUACUCGGUAAUUUAGAUCGUUCGGGAGAGCUAAACACCUUUGCUCCCGUGGUAUCGCAUGCCGCUAAUAGGUUGCUCCUCACUUCUGCUGCGUCAGAAGGGGACUAUGUGAUCCCGUUCGAUUUAGAUUCAGCGUUCCUCAAUGCCGAACUCGAUCGAGAUGUCUACUGCCGUCUUCCACCCAUCUGGGCGAAGCAGCAUGGAUACGAGGUCGCGAAGCUCAAGAAAGCUCUAUACGGCUUGAAGGAUGCACCACGAGCAUGGUUCAAGAGGUAUCGCGAGACUCUAGCCAGUCUUGGUUGGGAACCGUGUACUUCUGCGCCUGGAUUGUGGCGCAAACCGAGCAGCAAAGCACCGGGGAAGUUCCUGAAGAUGUCUGUCUAUGUAGAUGACAAUCUUGCUACAGGUCCUGACCAAGAUGAGCCCAAGACCGAACUAGACCUCAUUUUCACACGUGCUCCAGGCCGUGCGAUUGAAGUCGAGUCAAUUCUAACCCCCUGGGGUCUCGAAUGGCUAAAGUUCGACUUCUUAGGUGCGAUCGUGUACUAUGGCCGUGAAGCUAAGUCGUUCAGACUGUGCGUGGAGCAGUACAUCGAUAAAAUUGCUAAGAAGUAUGAAGUUCAACUAGGGAAACCGGUUUACUCGCCCAACUUUGACGAAACAACUUUGCUUGAAGACGGGAUCAAGAUAGUUGAUGGGUAUCCCUUUCGUGAGGUAGUUGGUGCCUUACUAUGGGUAGCUGUAACUGCGCGCCCGGAUAUCUCUGUUCCGGUAGCAGCGUUGGCUAGACAUGUCAGCAAACCCACGUCAACAAGAAUGGCCAAAGCAGCCAAGAAAGUCCUAAAAUACCUGGUGUCAACAAAAGGCCAAGGAGUAGAAUACUCACCAGAAAAGGAAGAAGAAUUCAACAAAAUAUAUGAGAAACUUCUACCAGAAGGCAGAGACAUGCCAGAAGUAAACAUAUUCAGUGAUGCUGGUUUCGCGAACUGCGUCAAAACAAUGAGGAGUACUAGCGGCUCCAUAAUGUACUACAAAGGUACACCCAUAGCAUGGAGAAGUAAUCGACAAACGGUUAGAGCCUACUCAACGGCUGAAAGUGAGUAUAUUGCAGCCUCUGACACGAUAGUGCUCAGUGAGAUGCAUGACUUCGCAGACUUCUAUAGGCCUCCUCCAACUCAGUUGGUACACACACAGAACGGCUUGUCUCCCUCCUUAGACAAUGCUGUAUUGUGGAUAGACAACCAGUCUGCGAUCACAACAGCCAAAGCAACAGACGCUCGCCCUAAAAGUAGACACUAUGCUUUACGUUAUCUAAGAGUGCGCGACGCUGCUAGUAAGAUCGUGUUCUGUCCUACCAACUUGAUGAAGGCAGACCCACUUUCGAAACUAACCUGCAGUGCCACUCAGCGUAGACUUAUCCUACACCACAUAGAUAACCCGAUAACUACAUGUAAAGAAGAUAAUUGUGAGUCCUCUGAUGAUGAAACAGAUGGGGAUGAUUUAGCUUAUUAUAGCGUAAUAUAUUCGGUUUAUUUCGGUUUCUAAACCACCGUAGCCAAGUCACAUACACUAAACAAGAGAUGUGAUUACCGUGACUCAACACACAGUGAGGCGGUCACGUGAGACGGACUUCAACCCGCAUCGAUUGAGGAGGGGUGCUGGUCAUGUAUGGUUCAAGCCUCUCGGAUGUCGUGUUGUUCUGUUCUCAGUGGCUCACACAAAGCCUCGUGUUCGACUGUCAUCGGGAUGAUCUCACAAGACAUGAAUGUCAAUGAUCAUGAAUGCUACUUCCAAUGCACACUCAAUGCACAUUCAAUGCAUAAUCAUAAUGAUCAAUGCGUAGACUAGGUACGUGUGUACUGAUCCUAGUCGUACGAUGCAUGUUCAGUCCGAUCCCUUCUGACAUGCUUAUGUUGCUGAUGUAUGAUUCAUCUUACCCAAUGAACCAAACAGGGACUCCACCAGCCAGAGAUCGCAAGUCUCAGGCAGGAGUAUCAAGAUUUGCUUGCAUUCAAGAUUCUGACUUUGUGUUUCCACUGAGAAACAACCAAGGCACGGAGGCCUGUGUUCUUGUGGUCCAACAACAUUCAACAAUCGAAAAUAUAAUUGGAUCUUAAAAAUCAGUUCGUAGUUUCUUCCAGCAUAUAAUUUUUCCGUUCACUGCAGUAAGUUUCGACAUACUAGAGUCAUUCAAUACAGUACAAGGAACUCCUCCUCUGUGGCCGCUGCGACGAUGGAGCAGGAGAAAAGACCACAUCAAGUUCAUCUAGAGCAACCGCAGACGCAGGCGAUCAAGAUGGAGGACUUCAACAGUUUCUUAGUAGAAGUCUCAGCUGAAGAGGCAAAGGCGCAUGAUCAACAACAACUCCCACUCUUUCCAGCAAUCAAUCAGGAUGGCGAUGACUACGAAGAUCAAGACACAGAUACACUUGCCGGCCUUUCGCGACCUAGUAGUCGGAGAAGCAGCUGCGGUUAUAUCAAAGAAGAGGAUCAUAGCUCUAAAAAUAACAUCAGAAGUGGUGAUCGUGAUCUCCAGAAUAUUAAGUCGUUCGCUGCUCGCCCACGCGCGUCGACGACCUCAACGGUAUCAACCUCGUGCGGCACAACCACAACGGCUGCGUCGUCUCAGCACAACCGCGAUUUUAGACAGGUUGUGCCCGAUCUGGACCAAGAACAGGAAAAGAAACCAACUGUCGGUCAGCGUCGCCGUCUAGGGAUUUGCAGUCGUGACCGCAAAGUGUUUGGCGCCUCUAUGCAGGCGAUCCUGAAGGAGUUGGAGAAUUGUGCCGGAGACAACCUGGAAGCAAUUGUUUUUGGGGAUGAUUGUAUCCUCAACAAGCCAGUCACAGAAUGGCCGAAGGUGGAUUUUUUAAUUUGUUUUCACACCCAUGGCUUCCCGCUCGACAAGGCCUUGGAAUACAUCGCUCUGCACAAGGAGCACAUGGUUUGUCUCAACGAUGUUGCGUUGCAAAAGGACCUGCUUAGUCGUGUCUUUGUGUACGAGACGUUGCGAAAAAACGGCAUUCCGUGUCCGGAUUUCACUGUUGUUACACAUGAUAAGGAACGAGCGCACACAGGGGACGCUGAUCUUUUUAACACUGCUUUCGUUGACAACGAUCAUGCUGACGACGAUACGCGCAGUGUGUCGUCUGCGGACAGCAUCAAUUCGAACUCCAACGAAGCGGGUGGAACGUCUUCUCGACUACAACAUGGUGUAACUCGUCAUGCACAUCAACCGCAAAACAGCGCCGCUACAUCUUCCGAAGACCAGCUUCAAAUGCAUCAAAUUUGUACUACGUCUCCAACCUGGCCUGUUGAGGAUGAGGAUUGGCUUGAGUUUGCUGACGGGCGGCGACUCCGGAAGCCUUUUGUAGAGAAACCAGCGAGCGCUGAAAAUCACGACAUCCAUGUUUACUACCCGACGACCAGUUAUGGUGGUGGGCUCACCAAAAUCUUCCGCAAGCAGAAACUUAAUGGGGUGGUUCGAAGUAGUACGCACCACGAAGAAAGCGCGCCUAUCAGACGAGACGGAACAUACAUUUAUGGCACAUGCACAGUAAGGGAAGAUAAAGUCUUCUUUCGUUGUAUGGUUGUAUGAUCUUCAUCUAGUAUAGUAUGGUGUUUGAGUGCGAUGUUUUAGUAUCAUCUGCUUCCAGUGUGAUCUUUCUUCUAGAAAUACAGUAUGAUGAUCAUCAUCCAGUGAGAAUUCAUCAUCCAGUGAGAAUGUUGUUCUAGUAAGAAGCUGUACUUGAAGUAUGAUCUUCCUUCCAGCAGUGUGCCUCUACCUCCCUCCUAUAGCGAAAAAUAGUACGAUUUUCAUCUAAUCUCUCUACGAACCAUUUUACCACACUGCUGGCGUGGAUUUGAAAGUUUACGCAGUCGGUCUGGACUACGCUUACGCGGAGGCGCGAAAGGCGCCUGUGGUAGACGGGUAUGUCGAGUUUGACGACCGAGGAGAGGAAAGAAGGUAUCCGAUCGUCCUGACCCCACAAGAGAAACGAAUAGUAGCGGAAACGGCUAAGUUAGGACUUCGACGUCUGAAUAUGAGAUGAAGAAGAAGAACAAAUAGCUCUCCAAAAUCUACCUCUUGUCAGGCAUAUCAAUCAAUCAAUGUUCUCGUUGAACUGUUGGGUAUCAUAAUGUGUUCAACUCCUGAGAAGUAUUCUUGUUGGAGUACUACUCGAUAUAAUGUACUAGUCUCUAAUCCAUGCCUUCAAGCAGUGCAUCUGCGGCAUAGACUUGCUACGGCAUCCUACUGGAACGGUGGUUGUGGAUGUGAAUGGGCUGUCUUUUGUGAAGAAGCGGCCCGUCUAUUUCAAAGCGUGCGCUGAAGUCCUCGGUCGACUCUUCCGUGAGUACCCUCGUGGCUCCUGGUGGGAGGAAGUGGUCAAUGCUCGAGCCUCUAGUGCCACUGGUGGGGAUUUUUUUGCACUGCAGCAGCAAGCCAUGCGCGACCACCUUGAUUUGAGUUCUAUCCCGCAUUUGCAAAGCACAAAGGAGACAUUGUACCGCAAUCCAGAUCUACUGCUUGGGGGACCUGCCUCCAGACUAGAAGAAAACGUGCAGGUUGAUGCAAAUACAAUUAAGAGUAGGUUAAAGGUGCUUUAUUUCUUACCGCUUUUUAUGCCUCUCUCCCUUAGGAUGAAAAGGGCAUAAAAAGCGGGGUAAGCGAGCACCAAAAACCUACCUCUAACGCAACUUCUUCUCCACCUGAGCAAGUCGUUGCGGUUCUGGGUUGCCUGCGCGCAGCAGAGUCGACGCCAAGGGAGAAAACCAAGGCUUUGGCAUUUCGCGUGCCAGGUCUUCUAGAACUUUUGGGACACGAGACGGAAGUCACGCUUCAAAAUCGUGCGGAACUGGACAAGGUUCGCCAAAUCUUGGCCAAUCCGAGCAAUUCCGCGUCCGUGGAACCUCGGGAGAGCCUGUCGAAGAUCGUCGAGCUUCUUUCUUUAUGGGAUCCUUGUUCUGGUAGUUCUUCAUCAAUCAUUGUUCUGGAGGUAGUUCUUCAUCCGUUUAAUGAUGUUUUAUUCAGGUGAUUCUCCGUUUAAUGAUGUUUUAUUGUUGUACACAUGUGAAAGAUUGUAGUACACGACAACACCUCUGAGGUCCUACUCGGUCUCAUCUAAUUUCUGCGCAUUUUUUGCUUGACCAGGGUAUUAAAGGCCGGUUGUUGAAGCUGAAGCUAAAGCGGCAUGUGGUAGACACGGAGAAAGUCUGGCUUGUUUUGAAAACGGGUGGAGACUUGACCACUGAAGGCAUGCUCCAAGCAGAGCGACUCGGAUCUUUCUUCAGAAAUCAAGCAUAUGAAGGAGAAGACAUUGCGAAAUUGCAUCAGGCUUACCGACAUCGACUUGAACUCAAGGUUACUGACGACGGAUGUCAGCUGGGAACUGCGGCGGUACUAAGUACUCGUAAGUGUCAAUGAUUGCCUUAUAAGUGAAGAGUGACAUACAGCACGUAAAAUUUGCAACCACAAAUUUUAUAACAACCUGCUUACAUCUAUAAAAAUUGAAAUACAAACAGGUAUUUGCAAAAACCUUGUUGCAGACCAGUGGUUCUUUGCCACAGAGUGCUGUUGCCUACGUGAAAGGCAUUGGCAUUCCCGGCACAGCGGCUCAGAAACGCGCUCUUGCAGAGGCACGUCCCCGUCUCUAUCAGAUUUUGAACUCUUCGGAAAAUGAUCCAGAGGAAGUUGCUUCCUUCUUCGACGAACCGGCCGUUUCCCAGGUGGUCCGCGACGUAGUGCACGACUACAGCUCCCUCAGAGGAGCGCUAUUGCACGUGGCAUCGUUGGUAGCCUAUAGCCGGAUCAGCGAAACCAUGUCUAGCUUAGGGACAGUGUCUACAGCUUCAGAGUCAGGAGACGCGGAAGCUAGAAAAAUGCUCGAACGCUGGACAUCGGUUAGUCAAAAAUUGGCAGGAAGAGAUCAGGUAGAUCAUGUCUCUCUCGAUGGGUAAACAUGUUUGUACUGUUGUUAAAACAACAAGAAGAAGUAUAAGCUGCUCUUCAUGAUUUCUCCAAUUUCCUAAGUAAUGUAUACAACGCUUUUCCAGGUUAAAGCUCCAGCUUCUCCUGCUGUAGCUUCUGUUGAAGAACAGUCGAAUGCACCAACGAGUGACACCUCGUCCUCCUUGUUUGACAUCUCGGUUUUCCCCACCUUGCAUUGGAUGCUGGCCUAUGAUUUUGGGAAGAACCGGGACCUUCUAGAACGCAUCCUACCUGCGGCACAGGAACUGCGACAGCUAGUCCGACGUCUAGCCAUGAUCAUCAUCCCCCAAGAGUUCGGCUUGUUGCGGGAGGACAAGGUUCGAAUCGCUAAGCAAGUUUUAUCACCGUACCUACGCGCCUUUCGGAAUGAGCUUCGCUCUAUACUAGACCCCCACGCACACGCUGCAGAGCAACUCAAGACGCUGAAAAGUAGUGGAUCUCUUCGGCAAGGAGUGGGAAACUCCACAGUUCUUUUUAAGGCGAAAAAAAGAUAAAGAUCUCUUUGGCAGUCCCCUGCACAGAUUGAUAUUUUGUGCAAGAGUUAAUGACUUGUAAAGCAAGGAGAGUUGAUACAUUGUACUUGUACAUAAGAGAUACUACUAGACGCGAAUUUAUUUUUACAAACAAGAUACUCUUCUUCUUCUUCAAGAAUCAUCCUUAAAUGCAUCCUCUAAUACAUCUCAAGCAGACGAAGCAGAUGAAGACUUUCCGGCAAGGGGAGACUUUUUGGGCGUGCCGGUUGUUGUAGACGAGGAGCACUCACCCGAACCCGAUGACCAUUUGUUCCUGGUUAACAACAACAACAACAACAACAACGACGACGAACGCAGUGGGCAACAAGGUAGAACCUCACGAGGAGAAGAUCAAAAGGUUGAGACGAAUAACAACAACAAUAUCAAGGAUAGUAGUAAUAGGAAUGAUGAUGCAGAUCAUAAAAAGCUAGGAGCUGGAGCAUUGUUAUGGUCAACGUUUAGUGUCCAUCUUUCUCGGCAUCUUGGUCCCCUUUUGCCUUGUGUUCUCAUGAAAUACAAGGCACGACAAGGGGUCAAGAUGAGAGGGCCGAGAUGCAACCUAGCAGACUCUAACAUUGGAGGCGAGCAAGGACUACAAGACCUCGAGAUCCUCUGCUUCCACGAUGGAUAUAGCAAAAAGUAGUAAGUUGGGCCCACGACGGAAGAGUAUCUUGUUCUUCACGCGAAAAAGCAUCUUGCUCUCUUGUUAAGGCAACCAGGAGAGCAUCCUUGUUCUACUACAGCCUUGUUCUACUACAGCAUGGUCCUAGGUUUCUCUCCUUUCAAGCGGACACAAAGAGGGCGCAGGGAGUUCAUCCUUUUCAAGCAGAGAAAACAAGCCUCACAGAAGAUGCGACCGCCAUAGACUAGGUCUAAUCUUGGUUGCACUUGCUCUUGUACCACGAUGUGGCGCUGAUCACCGAGGUCGAAACAAGGGAAUUCUUGCUUGGGCAGCUUCAUUCCCUCAAUGCUCUGGCGCAUUUGCUGUUGAAAGUGACUACGUCGGGGAAAGUGAUCGUGGAAUUUUCAACAGGAAUUAAAGACCAAGAAGGUUCUUCUAAGUACUCCAACAAGUGCUGCAAGCAAAUAGAUUCAGGGAGAGGAAGCAGGCAAAGAGAUGUUGGACAACAACAAAUACUACCGGCCGACGAAGAUCUAGGUCAUCAAGUCAAUCGUGGUCAACAUCAACAUCAUGUAUACUUGCAGUCUCGCGUGCUCUGUCGUCACUCACAAGAAUAUUUUCUCUCGUGGCUGCAAGCGGCCUGCCAAACCACGUGAAAUAACAAGUCGCUCGUAUAAUGAAUCAGCUAAUGCUCGAAACCCAUUGAUGUUGAUGAAAACAAGAAACACAAACAUAUUGAACAAGUAGACUUAUGUAUCAACCUGUUGUACGUGUACCUAACACCAAAUAAAUCUUCAGCUUCAGCAUAGAACUCUGCGUAUCCUACUCGCACUCCUACAUCCUAGAACUCUGUUCAAUAGUUCUUAUUCUGGGAUGUAGAUGCCAUUGUAGGAGAAGCGGGAGAAUGUAGAAAUUAACUUCAAUUAUCCCUAGAAAGUAGAUAGAUUUGUUUUGUUAUUUUUUUGGGUGAUUUUUCUUCGCAUACGCAUUGUUGUUCCUUGUUCACGCUCACGAUCCGACUACUGCAGCAAUACGUGGGAUGAGUCAAUAAACUAACAGUGACUGAUUGUUUCGAAAAAAAUCGAGGCCCCUCGAUAUCUUCAAAAUAGUUCUUUCCUAUACAUAAGUAGUCAAUUUUCCGUUUCCCACAGUACAUAGGUGGGUCCUUUUUUUUUUAGGAGAGAGCUCAUUUCUCACCCGAUAUUCAGAUAUCGUCAUGGAGAUCUUUGCAGGAUAGUAGUCGUAGAAGGGGUUAGUAGAGGCAGGGUGCAUAGAUGUCAUUCGCGGGCGUAGCAGAGUAGAUAGGGUUGUAGAUGUGAAUCGUUCGCGGGGAAAGCCAAGGGCGGGUAGUUACAGUGUUAUUCUUGAUUCUUUUGGGUGUGACAAACGUUGAAUCUUCGUAGGUGUCCCAGUCUAAGACAUUCUGACACCCAUCGUUGUUCUAAUUUGUCGAACUCAGAUGAUGACUGUUGAAGAGAAGAGGACUACUCCACAAAUAUUAAUGCGAUGCAUCAAUUAUUUACUAUCCUCUAGCGGACGAGCCGGAGACUACGAGCGCCGUUGUUGUGUUAAGGAGUAACACGACAGUCGCCAACUCUCAUUCUACAGUUGCUGGUAUAACUGUGGUCUAGUGGUGUCGGAACAGAAACAUACUACAAACGCGAAGUCAAUAGAUCCGCCCUAAAAAAAUGACAUUCGUUUUCUUAUCUAAAUUUCUAUCGAUGUUGUACGUAGGUAUGAUCGAAGCAUAAACAGGAACUCGACUUAUGUCCAUCAUCAAGUAGAAUCAAUUAUAGACUUAGUUACAGGUAAAUCAACAUCAUCUUUUCGGGCUACUUCUCAAGAAAGUCUUCAUGUCAAUUAUAGGUAUCAACAUCAGGAGCUAAAACGUUACACGACAUCAACAACACGUUCUACUGAAUAGGUAUGAACAACAACACGAAAAAUAUUGGCUACUAAGGAUUUCGUUAGUGAGUACACGACAAGCACGGGAGGGAGAAUGUGUAAGUCCGAAGCCUCCAGUAUGUUCGUUAAUUCGUUCUUUUUUCGAGGUUAUCUGAUUUCACACUCUCCACACCUCAGCCCCUGUUUAAAUGGAAAAGAGCUGGUUGGAGUGGUACUUGCGAACGUGCAUUUGUCGUGCUUGUUCUAGUAGAGAGACUGAGACAAGAACUCAAAUUAAGACCACGUCAACAUCGAGGUAUAAUUUCAUAGUGGUAAUUUGAUAGGACGAUUCGUAUCUUAGACGUAUAGGAACAAGUCAUGAAUCUUUAACACAUCUAUCAGAUAGAACUAGGACGACGGCCUAGUUUCUACACGGAAGAAAGGAAAAUGAUUCUCUAGCAAGCGAUAAAUGGGACACUACUCCUACUAAUGAUGUUACUUCGGGCUCUGGGGAGGUAGUUCAAGAUUAUCAAUUUCAUUUUCAAUAUGGAUUAACACGAAGUAAAAAAGGGCAUCUGAGUUGUGAAGAGAUGUUAAAGAAACAAAUGGCUUGUUGACCCUGGUCUGUCAAUGAUGUUUCAUGCAGAAUCUUCCUAGUGGUCAAAUCCAGAAUCUUCCAAUGACUCAUGAAUGAAUCUUAAAUUUGCAAGAACUUGCUCCUUUUUCUUCUACUCAUCUGCGCAGGUGGCCGUCGAGCAAAACAGAGAUGAA